AUCAAAAUGGUCACAUUCAAAGAUCACAUCACAGGAGAUAUUUUGAUGGAAGCUGAAAAUGGAGCAUUCGAGUUUGCUGAAGAACUUUUUUUCAAAUUCAAAGGAAACUACAUCGAUGUUAAAGUUUCAAACGGGGAGACCAAAAAAACUGUGGAUCUUUUGCAGAAAUAUCAGAUGAAAAAAUUCGACAUGUGGGGCGUCGAAAAGGAUAUCUUUGAUUUCGGACAGAAACUUGGAGAACUAGUGGAAACGAAGAUGUAUGGGGAUAAUGCAGAUUUCACAUAUAUGGUUGAUUAUAUUUUCAACUUGAGAGCAUGGUUUAAAGCCAACCGUGAGACAAAAGACAUUAAAGUUUAUAUGGGACCAUCAUCCACAUACAUGAGUCAUGCCUAUGCGAAAAACUUUACACCAGUUUUUGUGAAAGAUGAGAACGGAAUUCCAUUCAUUUACAUAUUUAAAGAAACUGUACAUGCAGAUGGUCUAAUUGAAGAUCAAAUUGCUGGAAUGUCAUUGAAAGAAAAAGAUGAAUCAAAAGUUGAAGAUAAUGAAGAAGUUGUAGAAGAAGUGAAAGAUCAGCCGAAAACCAGUGAACCUGCGAAACAAGAAGCAACGACAGAAGCUGCUGGCCGAUGAUUUUUCAGUUUCCAAACCGAGUGAUGCCAAUUUCUAGCCAUAUCAGUCUGUUUCUUAUUAUUUUGUGUAGUUGAACACCUAAUAAAUACAAUUCCAAA